AUGGCUGAAGAGGCAGUUAAAGUGGCCCUUGAUGUUGGAUAUCGUCACAUUGACUCUGCAUUUAUGUAUGGUAAUGAAGUGGAGGUUGGUCGUGCAAUCAACACAAAGAUUGCAGAUGGGACAGUGAAGAGAGAGGAUGUAUUCUACACCAGCAAGCUCUGGACAACUUUUCAUGUCCCCAAUUUGGUUCGUCCAGCGCUUGAGAGAUCGUUGAAGGAUUUGAAUCUGGAUUACAUGGACUUGUUCAUCAUUCACAGCCCCCUUGAGCUCAAGCCUGGUAAUGACCUCCACCCAACAGACGAAAAUGGAAAACUCAUCUUUAACAACACAGACCUUCGAGACACGUGGAGGGCCAUGGAGGACUGUAAAGAAGCUGGACUGACCAAGUCUAUCGGAGUCUCCAACUUGAACCGCAGCCAGAUUCAACUGAUUCUCAAUAUGCCAGGGUUGAGACACAAACCAGUUUGUAACCAGGUAGAGUGCCAUAUAUACUUAAACCAGCACAAGAUGCGGGAACUCUGCAAGUCACAUGACAUCAAGCUGGUGGCCUACGGAGUUCUGGGCUCCACCCGAGAUCAAAACUGGAUUGAUCAAAGCGCACCUGUCCUGCUAGAAGACCCUGUACUUAAUGCUAUCGCUAAAAAACGUGGCCGAACUCCAGCAGAAGUAGUGAUGAGGCACUUGUUGCAGAAGGAGGUUGUUGUCCUUGCUAAAAGCUUCAAGCCAGAGAGGAUCAAACAGAACUUGAAGGUUUGUAUUGCAGUUAUUGUCAGCAGCAUACUUGUACUUUGCGCAAUAUUUAAGCAGUUCAGCUUUCACACCUGUACAUUUCCUUCAGACCACAGCAAUUUCUACAUCUGCUGUUUACUUAGCUAUAAAGCCUAG